UGUCAUUUGCCGUUUCAUUUCUACGGUGGAUGGAUUUUUGGACUGUAUUUCUCUGAUGGAUUCUUCUUUUAUACAGGGCCCAAGCUCCAGAGGAUAAGGCGUGGCCCAUGAACUGCAUGCUUAAUUUGGGUGAGGCCCCAGAAAUUCUGAGGCCUCGGGUCCGGCCUGCGGCGUAACCCUAACCUUAUAUAAGCUGCUGCAACUGUCGCUCUGUCAGCUCCAAUCAUUGAAGGAAUUCGAAGUUUCUUCCGAGUACCAUGGCUGAGAACGUUGCUAACCUUCGUAAUCAAAGGAUUCUCAUCGAGAAUGAGAUUGCUGCACCACCGCAAGACAACCUUGGUGCAACCGCUGCAGGGCUGUCCAGUUCUAUCAUCUGCGCCUGGUUGAGAGGUUGCACCAAGUUGGUCUUGCGGUGGUGCAGCCAAGGCCUAUCUUACUUUUCCCAGUUUCUGUUCAAGGGCCCAAGCUCCAGAGGAUAAGGCGUGGCCCAUGAACUGCAUGCUUAAUUUGGGUGAGGCCCCAGAAAUUCUGAGGCCUCGGGUCCGGCCUGCGGCG